CUACGGUGCUGCCUGACCACUAAAUAUGCCCCGUCCCAAGCAAAGGGGUCCCUGAGGCUGGGACCUACUGGGGAGAUCUGCUCCCCUCUGCCCCCUUGGGCAUCCUGGGCUCCCUCACCUUCCCUACCUUGGUUCCCUGCUGGAGAGCAGGCUGGCAGUGUGGGAAUGGGAUGACAGGCAAUCAUAGGGAGGUCUCCAAAAAUUUGGGGAAGGAUGGACAUGAAGCAAAAGGACAUCCGUGAGGGUUGGAUGUGGCUUAGCUCUCACCACCCCCCUGGGCUCCAUCCCAUGAGCCUGGACCCUCUCCAGCAGCGGGGUGUGAGCCUGCUGCCACCAGCCUGGGAAGUCACCACCCCUUCUGGGGGCGCCAGGCUGUGGCUCAACCUGGGCUAAAACCACCAGCACAACCAUCUUCUGGCACUGAGGAUCCUGAGGUGGGAUCCGUCCCAUCACUGCCAGACCCUGGGACCAGCAGGAACAGCUGCGAGGGGGGCCCCAGGGGCAACUCAGCUCCCCCCUCCCCAGACAGAGCAGCAGGCAUGGGGCAGCACCCAGUCCCGGUGUGCUCUGGGCAGGGUUUCACACAAGGCUGCAUUCAUUCGGGACCGGGCAACUGGGGGGGACAGGGCCAGCACUGUCACCUAACCCGGGUACCGGUUAUCCCUGCUCUUGUGUAACCUGUUGCAUAAAGGUAGGGCGGGCAGGGGUGCUGCCAGCAGUGGGGGCUAUAAAGGUGGGUGCAGCCUCUCCUGCCCACAUCCACCCCCAGAGCGAGGAUGACGGUGGCACUGCCCAGCCUGGCGCUGGCCCUGCUCUGCCUGCUGCGAGCAGGGGCUGAAGUCCCCGUGCAGCCAGACUUCGACACCGAGAAGGUAACAGCACAGGGUGCUGCCAGGCACGUUCUGCCUGGGCUGGAGGGGCUGGGUGGGGCAGGGGGCCUUUGCUGCACCCCUGGGGACCCCCUGGUCUCAUCCCUGAGCUGACACCAGGGUAGUUUCCAGGAGAGCCUGUGAAAAAAUGGGUUAGUUAGGGCUGCUGUGUCCAGUGCCAGCAGUGACCCCACUGAAGGGACACCAGCACCUGAGGCUGUGAUGUCCCCAAGCAUGUAGCACUUCCCCAGGGAACAUGGACCAGAUGCCUCUCCUGCCCUCCUGGCAUGGGGCAGGGCAGGGUGUUCUGCAUGAAGGUAGCAGGCUGCUGUGUUUGUCUGGCUGGUCGCCACAGAGGGUAGCAGGUCCCCCACUGCAGGUUGGCAGAUUCCUACAACAGGCUGCCAGGUUCCCCAUGGUGGGGGACAGGUCCCUCUGGAAGGUAGCAGGUCCCCACUGCUUUCCCAAACCCCACCGGUGAUGUCGUGCUGCAGUUUGCAGGGAUGUGGUAUGUCACAGCCACGGCUUCCAACUGCUCCGUCUUCCUGAAGAUGAAGGACGGGAUGAAGUCGUCCAUCACCACCAUCAGCUUCACACCAGAGGGGGAUCUGGCCAUGAAGUUGGUCUGGCCCCUGCUGGGCAAAUGCCAAAAGUUUGAGCUGCUCUUCCAGCAGAGCGGGCAGGCAGGGCACUACGUGGCACAAGAGAAGAGGGACCUGCUCGUGAUGGAGACAGACUACGGCCACUAUGCCAUCCUGCACGAGGCCCAUCACAGCGAGACAGAGCCCAGCACCGCGCUGCAGCUCCUCACAAGGGAGCAGGAUGUGAGUCCCCAGCUUCUGCAGAAGUUCACGGAGCUCGUCCCCACCAUGGGCCUGACCAAGGACAUGCUGGCCAUCCUGCCCGAGUCGGACCAGUGCACCAAGGCCAUCAGCUAAAGGGCCGUUGUGUCCUCCAGACUUGGUGGACACUGGGCUCUGAUCCCCACUCUGUGGUGCCCCCUUCCCAUCCUUCCCAGCUGAACUCUGCCGGACCCCCUGCCCCACACCAGGAUCACCCCUCGACCUCCUAAAUAAA